AUGGCCUCAAACAUUAUUAGAAGUGACUUAUCAUCACUUAACGAACAAGAACGCCAUACUAAUUCCACUAUUAAUGAAACUGUCUCGACACCCCUGCAACGACAAGGUCAUGGUCAUUCUUCUAACAACAACACCAACGUUAACAGCCACUGCAACAACGAAAUGUCAUGGAAUUUUGAAAAUUUCAAGGUGGAAUCUAAAAAUGCAGUUAAUGACCUGAUGAAAAAAAUUGAAGAGCAGAAAGUUGAAUUUCAGAGGCUGAAAGAUGAAUUUGAAACUUAUAAAAAGGAAUCGCAGUCAAACUUUAAGUUGAUGAGAGCUUCACUGGAGUUUUCGAGAAAUACAUUCAAGGUAUUAACUAAAGAGCUGAUAAAAAGCUUUUCUGACUACAAUGAAGAACUAAACCGCUAUGACAAUGAGAAUCAAGCCUCUUUUUCAGCUACUUCACCUACUAAUGCACGUUUUCAUGUUAAGAUGAAGACCCCAGUGCCAUCUCAGGCAUCGUCAGACAUUGCUGAUAGUCAGCAGAGUGCUGAUGGUCAGCCAGGUUUUCCGUGUAGCCUUCACAAUCCACAACGGUCGGAUUGUCAGGAUUCGGUUUUUGACUUUGAUGAGGAGGAAUAUAAUAGGGAAUUACUUCUUGAGUACGAAAACCCGAUGGCGUUUAGUGAUGAUGAAGAUAAUCACCCCAAGUAUCUUCAUCUAAUUCCAGAUCCAUUGAUGUUAGGCGAUGAGGAUGGUAAAAAUGAUGAGAAAUCUCUUCGUCUAAUUAGAAAUCCAUUGAGGAUAGGUGAGGAUGAUGAUGAGGAGGAUAAUAAUGGGAUAUCUCCUCAUCCAGAUGCAAAUCCGGGGAUAGUAGGUGAUGACAAGGAUGCUGGUGAGGAUAUCGUUCAUCCAAAUGCAAAUCCGAUAAUGAGCAGUACCAAUUACGACAAUGGUGUGAGUGAUGACAAUGAUGUGGAUGGUGACAGUGAUGAGAGUGAUGUUGAAGAUGACAGUGAUGUUGAAGAUGACAGUGAUGUUGAAGAUGACAGCAAUGUUAUUGAGAAUGCUGAUAAGAAUGAUAGCACUAAUGUUGUUGUCAAUCUUGUGAGUGAUGAUAACAGUGAUGUCGAUGUGAGCGAUGGUAAAGAUGAAGAUGAUAGUGAAAGAAAUAGCAGUGAAGGAGCCAGUGAUGAUAAUGGAGAAAUGAUUGGUGAUAAUGAACACAUUAGUGAUGAUAACGAAAAAAGUAGUGAUGAUAAUGAAAAAAUCAGUAAUGAUAAUGAAAAAAUCAGUGAUGAUGAUGGAAAAAUCAGUGAUGAUGAUGAAAAAAACAGCAAUAGUAACGAAAGUUCAGACGAACGGCUGAAUGAUUGGGAUUAUGACGAGGGCUACAGUUUUUUGGAAGAAUCUGAUGCUGGUAGUUUUUUUGAUGAAUAUUUUUCUGACAUAAUCCAGGACGCAAUCGCAGUUUCUCAGGAUUCUAAAACCGUUUCCGUUGUAGGUGAUAGUGCAUCGACUACCAAUGAUUUUCAGUCGAGUCAAUGCAAUGAAGGUCGUGGAAUUCAUUCUAACAAUGAAAAUACUGCGUCGUUCGGUGAUAAUUCCGGUGGUGGUGAUAAUAAAAAUGAUGACGAUGAUAUGAACGUGGCUGCAGGUGAUGAAGAUGAUACAGAACCAUGCAUCACUGGAGAUAACAGUGGAACUAUCGAUUUAGACGCUAAACUUCAGUCUAAUAUAUCUGCAAAUCUUGUUGACCCUGAUAAAUGCACCAUUGAAAAUGAGAAGGAUGAUAAAAAAAAUAACAGAGAAGGUUAUAAAACUUCAAGUAAUAAAGAAGAUGGUGUCAGUGAACAAAGUGAAAAUAUUAAUAACAACAAUAGUGCUGAUAAUAAUAACAACAUCAGUAUUAAUAAUAAUAAUAACAACAAUAGUAAUAAUAAUGGUGAUGAUGGGGGUGGCGAUGAAAAGGAUAAGAAACAAAGUGGGAAAGUUACGACUAGCAAAGAUGUUUUGAAUAAAAAAGGAGAAAACGAAAUUGAUGUGAGAGAUCCCCGUGUCAGAUCCACCGAUGCCAUCCCUGUUGAUCUCGUACAUACACCGUUGCCAUCUUACGAAGAAAGCAAAAAUCAAUCCGAAUCUCGGUCUGUUAAAUAUCACGACAAGCUAAUAAUUAAUUUAUCUAAUGAAAACCUAUCAAAAUUGGGUUUGCCUUAUGAAUUUGGUAAAAAUAGUUAUAGAUUUAACAGUGGAGAUAACGCUAUUAAGUGUAACAAUAGCAAUCUUUACAACAACAAUUAUUGUAAUAAUAAUCUUCAUGAUGUUAACAGCAAUUGUAAGACUUAUAGAAAUGAAUCUGCAAGACAUCGUAAGAUGAACGUUGGUGGAGGCUGCGGCGGUCGAGUUAAUGAGAAUAAUGUUGGCGUUUGGAAUCAUAAUAAUAGAAAUAAUAAUAAUUAUAACAAUAAUAAUAGCGAUGAUGGUUGUGGUAGUAAUCGUCGCAACAGUAAAGUUGACCGUGGCCAUCAUCGUCGUCCGAACAGUGUCAACAGUUCUUAUAAUUUUGGCGGGAAUGUUGCCACCAGGCCUGCUGAAAAUGCUAAUAACAUGAAUAAUAGUAAUAAUAGGAACGAAUUUCCCAGUACGUCAGUGCAGUGUGUUAAUAAAUGUUUAGACGAUAAAAUAUUACAAAAAUGUGACAAUAAAUGCACCUCAAUCAAAAAAAUUAAUGACAAGAGCAAUGAACUCGAUGAUACUGAAAAGUUGAAGUUAAGUUUCAAAAUGGCUCAGCGAAAGAGUUUACAGAAUUUGUGCCUUGCCCGAUCUCUACAAUUAGGUGACGUCGCUGAUGGGCAUGAAAAUAUUGACACUGUAAACGAGGUUGACUGUGGUGCUACAAGGAUUAGCACUUCUGACGGCACCGAUGAAGUCCGUGUUGAAACUAAAGUUAAUCAGAAUGCCGUUGAGACAGGCGGUGCUAACAUGAACGCAUGCAGUGUUUCCGUGUUUACUAUUAGAAGGCAAGCCGAAUUGGAUGAGUUCAAGAGAAAAAGGGAUGAAGAAAAUCUUCAAAGAAAAUUAGAUGAAGAAAAUAAAAUAAGCGCUCAGCUAGCUAGAGAGGGCCAUAAUUCGCAAAAGAAAACUGAAUCAUUGAUUAACGAGAGGCGAUCUCAUUAUGAAAGAGGAAACGAAAAUGAUUCUCCGCCUAGAUGUGUUUCACGUGACAGAAGUUUUCAUAAGUCAAGGUCACCUAUCUCAAGUAAUUCAGUGAGAAAUAUGGAAAUUCGAAGUCAUAGACCCAAUAAUUUUUCAUACUCAGCUGGAAGUAGUCGUCACUCAAGAAGAUAUCCGGCAAAUUUGUCAAGGGGUUUGCCAGACAGAGCUGAAAUUGUUGAAAGAGAUGAUGCUAGAUCUACACGAAAGCACAGAUAUUUCAAUGCACACAGACCAAGAUCGAGAUCUAGAGUGAAUUUAAGUUAUUCUCAAAACACAGAGAAUCGCAAAAAUGAAAAAAAACGUUCAGUCGACUCUAAUAACAAAAAAUUGUGUAGUGGCUUAGUGGAAACCGCUUAUAACAAAUCGCGAUCUGUUUUGACUCCUCAGAAUCCUCCAACAGCUUCUUGUCAUAGCAUGGAAAGACAGAAAAGAGACCGAAGCGAAUCAAGCAGAAGUACUCCAGAUAUAACUCAACAUGAGGAUUAUUUAAGUAUCAACAACAGACAAAAACGAAGGAAGAGAUAAUAUUUCAUAAAAUAUUUCAAAUUUGAAAUUUUUUUUCUUGUUUUUAACACUUUAUUUAAUUUGUAUAGUGUAUAUAGACAUAUUUCCGGUUCCUGUGUAUCUAUUUGUGACUUGUUGCAUAAUUUACUUAGUUUUUUGAUCUUAUCAUUUUUUACUUGGUUUUAAAGUUUGGAAUCAGUAAAGAUUUUAAAAUUAA